AUGAUUAACGAAAACCCAUCGUCAACUAGUUUUCCUAUCACGAGGUAUUUACGUCCUGACAAAUUUGAUGUCGAACCUGAUGCUGCAGAAGCGGAUGCACAAUGGCAGCACUGGAGGUCAACGUUCGAAAGUUUUUUGAAUGAAGAAGUAAAAACUGAUUUAAUACCAGAUGCAUUAAGACGCAAGCUCUUAGUAAAUCACCUAUCAGCUUCAAUCUACAAACAUAUCAAAACUUGCGAAACUUACGAAGCCUCAAUUGCAGCUUUAGAAGGUAUUUAUAUUAAACCUAAAAAUAUAAUUCUAGCCAGGCAUAUUCUUUUUAACCGGAAACAACGUGCGGAUGAAAACAUCUCUGACUACGUAAGAGCUUUACGUUUAGCGGCAAAAGAUUGCUCUUUCGAAACCGUUACCGCUCAAGAACAUGAAGAACAAGCAAUCCGUAGCACCUUGAUCUCCGGUUUGCUUUCUCGUAAAAUCAAAGAACGCCUGCUAGAAAAUAAAAAACUUACUCUUGCCGAAGCACUUGAUCAAGCUAUUGCACUUGAAACAGCUGAAAAGGACGCGCUAAUAAUAAGUAACAAUUCACCACAAAUUAAUGCUAUAUACGAACAAAAACAAGAUACAGCAUCAAACAUAGCAGCGGCUACACAACACCGACCAUCACAAACAAUACUUGAACCAUCCUCACGAUCAGUAAGAUGUUGUUUCUUUUGUGGUGGUAACGUACAUCAAAGGUUUAAGUGCCCAGCUUUCCGUGCUAUAUGUAACCUGUGUUCUAAAAGAGGUCAUUUUUCAAAUGUAUGUAAAUCACGAAACGCUACCAACAACUCGGCUUCGUUCAAAAACACAGUCAACAGUCUUAUCGAUGACGGUUCAUCUCACUGUAGUACAAUAUCUGCCGCUUCACCGUCAAGCUUGAAAGGUGCAACUAUUCUAAUCACGGUGAAUGGUUAUAAAGCUGAUGCUCUUGUUGACACUGGCAGUUCUGUCAGUUUUAUAAACAGAAAAAUCGCGCGCCUAAUGAAGUUACGUCAAAAACCAUGUACACAGUCUGUUAACUUAGCCUCGCUGAAUCAAGUAUCGGUUGUCGAAGGUAUUUGCUUUGCCAAUAUCACCAUGAAUAAACACAACUACAGGCAAAUACCACUUCUUAUCGUCGAUAAUCUCUGCGCGGACGUGAUCGUUGGACACGACCUACUAAAAGAACAUUCUAAAAUUGAAUUUGAAUUGGGAGGUCCCCAUGAACCAUUACGCAUCUGCAACGUAAUGCAGUCCUCGGUGCCACCAGCAUCUAUUUUUACUAAUUUGUCACCUAACAUCAGACCUAUCGCCGUAAGGAGUCGUCGAUACAGUAUACAAGACGAAGAAUUUAUCAAGCAAGAAAUAUCAAAAUUACUGGAAGACGGUGUAAUAGAACCAAGCAUUUCUCCCUGGAGAGCACAAGUCCUAGUAGCGGGAGAAUUGGAUGCAUUCCCAUUACCAAACAUGGAAGCGGUGGUCUCAAAAGUAUCAAAAUACAAAAUCUUCAGCCAGAUCGACUUAAAAAGCGCAUAUCAUCAAAUGCCCAUUUUAGAUAAAGAGAAAGUCUACACUGCUUUUGAAGCCUGCGGGCAACUGUACCAGUUCACAAGAAUUCCAUUCGGUGUUACCAAUGGUGUAGCAGCGUUUCAAAGAACCCUAGACUUCAUCAUAACCAGAGAGAAACUAGAAGGUACAUUUGUAUACUUAGAUGACGUGACAGUAUGUGGUAAAGAUGAGUAG